CAAUACCACUUUGAUAAUAUAAAAAACUUCAUAAGCUGUUUAGCCUAGAGACACCGCCGCUGCACUUUAAAGAAAUUCCAUAAUCACGCUAAAUCACAUCUCAUAUUACAUUUGAUACAGAAACGAACUCAGAAAAUACUGACUUGACUGCGUAAGGAUUUAAUACCUGCAGCAAAAGACACGAGACAAAAAUGGGCGCAAGGGCUGCCGAAGAAGACAAAGCGAAGGAUUUAGGAACUUUAUACCACGAGCCCACUAUCAAACCGGGGCUUGGUUCUUCUCGCUGCCCCCGUUGCUUCUCCCCCAUAUCCAACAAUUCGGUACCCUCGUUAAACCCUAAACCCUACUACACCCAUGGCCGUCCCAAAUUAAAUUUUAUCGUUCUGUUUCAAGUCUAUAUUUUAAUAAUCCAGCAGGAUAUAAGUGGCUGGACCAUGGCACCUGUUGUACGAGAUACAUUUACAAUGGUUGGAACAACUGCUGGAGGAACUCUGGGUGCAUUUCAUGGGUUUAACCGAGUUAUGCCUUUUGUCCAAAGCUGUGUGAGGGGUCCAAUGUGGCUGCAUUUCUUUAUCGGAAUUCCUCCCAUUAUGUUUUGGUCUCUUGGUUGGGCUGCUUUUGGAGGGACUGCCUUGCCUGCUUUUGCCCAAGUUUCAAUUUCUUCAUAUUAUGCAGCCUCAGCUACUUCACAUUACUCAAUUUCGCAGCUCACAAGGCGUAUUGAAAGCUUUGCUACUCGUAACCUUUCUAGAAAUGAAUUUAGCAAACACCCCGAUUCAAGACAGUAAUAUGAAACUGAUAACUGUCUUUCCCCCACCAUCAGAAAAAUAAAUGCAUCUUUUGUCAUUACGAUGAUUCCUUCUUCUGCACUAUUUUCUCUCAUUUGUGAUGUAAAAGUAAUAUAUGAGACAGGCCUGUAGUUUCUGGCUUAAGGUCUUUUGCAUUUAUCUUAUUAAAUUUUUAUUUGUAUUAGUUGUGAAAAUGAUCAUAUAAACAGGGUCAACUGACUGUGCGAUGUAGUGUCUCCAUUAAUGCAGUCAUGGAUAAUGAAGUGAUGGGGGUCAGUUACAUAUGUACAAUACGUUGCUCUGUUUUCUUUAAAUUUAUUUAUUAGUUCUGUUCAAGCCUUGA